GCGAUCUCCUGACGCGGAAGUGAUUUCCCCCAGCUGUCAAACAGAUUUUGGUGUUUCAUCGUUUCAUCUCUCGGUUGAAGGGAAAUAAACCGUCGACGUGACUUCAACAUGGACAGUCCACGCUGGUUGCCUCUGGAGUCUAACCCAGAAGUUAUGACAAAGUUUGUCAAUUGCUUGGGUAUGAAACCAACCUGGCAAUUUGGAGAUGUAUACGGAUUGGACCCGGAGCUUCUCAGCAUGGUACCAAGACCAGUGUGCGCAGUGCUACUUCUCUUCCCAGUGACAGAGAAGUAUGAAGCAUUCAAGCAAUUAGAGGAAAAAAAACUCAAGGAUCAGCAACAGGAGGUCUCUCCUGACGUCUACUUCAUCACGCAAACUAUUGGAAACGCCUGUGGAACAAUAGGAUUAAUUCAUGCGGUGGCAAACAACCAGGCACACCUGGAAUUUGAGCCCGAUUCUGCUCUUAAGAAGUUUAUUGAACAAACCUCUAAAAUGAGCUCAAAGGAGAAGGCCACCUUCCUGGAAAAAGAUGAGAGUAUACGUGUCACACAUGAAUCCAGUGCACAGGAGGGACAGACUGAGACCCCAAGUUUAGAUGAGAAAGUGAAUCUGCAUUUUAUAGCUUUUGUGAAUGUCGGAGGACAUUUAUAUGAACUGGAUGGCCGGAAGCCUUUCCCCAUUAACCACGGAAAAACUUCAGGAGAUACUUUCCUCGAGGAUGCUGUAGAGGUUUGUAAGAUCUUCAUGGCUCGCGACCCUCAGGAGGUUCGUUUCACCAUCAUUGCCCUCUCCAAAGAUUCAGACUGAGGAAACUCCCUCGUGGCCUCAGAAAACAAAGAAAACAUUACUGCCAAACAUUCUCAAGUGCUGACUUUAUUGGAAAACAUUUUUUUUUUUUUUUUUCCAAAAUACUUGUGGGGAAAAUAACAAAAUGUCAGGGAUAUCAUUCGGAAGUAAUGUUCUGUUUUUGUUGAGUGCGGCUGUGCGACUUAAAGUAUUUCUUGUUAAGAUAAAAUCUUCCAGUUCCCCACUGCUGAACCAUCUCGAUAACUGUAAUACAGAUAUCAGCUUUGUUUACAUGACGUGUUUGGCUUUCAAUUAAGGAGGAAAUUUAACAAAUUUUCCAGGUAACUGAGGGAGCUCAACUUCUUUUUUUUACUCUGGGUUCAAUGAUGCGCACUGUAGUGAUUUUGUUUUUGAUCAUGUGUCCAACCACAUUGUCAAAAACAGCUGUUUUGCAAGGCUUUAAUUUCAGUCAUAGCUUUCAAAAAGCAGAUAGGCCUAAGCGCUGUUGUAUGCAGUAACAAUGUUAAAAGGAGCAUAUUAAAUAAAGUCUCCUGAAAGUGAGGCCGGCUGGAAAAUGCAGCCUGUACAUCCAUGUGGAAGGUGCCUACAUUUUUUGUAAUCAGAAUUAGAAAUUCUGUCAAAUAAAAGGCAAAUUUAUUAAGCA